UCAGCUGCUCCCAUGCCGUCAGCCGGAGCCCGUCACAACAUGGGCUCUCUCGCCAUGGAUUUCCCGCAGCAAAUUCUCCUGGCUGUCGAGAAGCAGGGCGCCGUCAGUUCUUAUGAUUUUGCCAAAGCGCUAAAUGAACCUCACCAGAAGAUCGUCGGAGCAAUUAAAUCUCUGGAAUCGCUUGGUGAAGUUGUUGCUGUGAAGCAGACUACUCAGAAGACUUGGGAAUGUACGGAGGAGGGAUCUUCUCUGGCAACUAGUGGUUCUCAUGAAGCAAGACUGUUUAAUUCUUUAACAUCAGAAGGAUGUCCUAUUGCAGAUAUUAAAGCAAAUUUUCCAAAUGCAAAUAUUGCAUUAGGGGCAGCAAUGAAAAAUAAGUGGGUGAAGAAAGAAGGAGAAAAGAUAGUACCUGUGGUUUCCAGUAUAAACGAUGAAGUUCAAAUCCAUCUCCAGGCUAUUAUGUCUGGAUCAGCUGAUAAUGUUCCAGAUAAAAUAAAAGUUGACUACAAGAAGAGAAAACUUAUUAAAGAAGUCGAUCUAACAGUAUUUGAGGUCACCAAGGGUAGUGAGUUCACCACUUCUGUCUCUAAGCAGGAAGCUGAACUCACUAAGGAUAUGAUAGAGAGUGGACAAUGGAAGAGCAAAUCAUUCAAGCCUUUCAACUUUAAAGCAAAGGGCCGUCUUGAACAGCGCUCUGGACACCUACACCCCCUGAUGCAACUAAGAUCCGAAUUCCGACAAAUUUUCUUAGAAAUGGGUUUCACUGAGAUGCCUACAAACAAUUUUGUUGAGAGCGCCUUUUGGAAUUUUGAUGCCCUCUUCCAGCCCCAGCAGCACCCAGCAAGGGAUGCUCAUGACACAUUUUAUGUGGCAGAACCUGAGAAGACCAUGAGUGUUCCUGAAGACUACCUGCAAAGGGUUAAGAAGACCCAUAGUACAGGUGGCUAUGGUUCACUUGGUUAUCAGUAUGAGUGGAGUAGAGAUGAGGCUCACAAGAAUCUGCUUCGUACUCAUACAACUGCUGUCAGUGCUCGCAUGCUCUAUAAGCUAGCUCAGGAAGGUUUCCGCCCUGUCAAAUUUUUCUCCAUUGAUCGAGUCUUCCGAAAUGAAACCUUAGAUGCAACACACCUUGCCGAAUUCCACCAGAUUGAAGGAGUUGUUGCUGAUUAUAAUCUUAGUGUCAAGCAUCUCAUGGGAGUUAUCAAGGGAUUCUUUGAGAAGAUUGGAAUCACGAAGUUGCGUUUCAAGCCUGCCUAUAACCCAUAUACAGAGCCAUCUAUGGAAAUCUUCAGUUACCAUGAAGGCCUCAAGAAGUGGGUGGAAGUAGGUAACUCAGGCAUGUUCCGACCAGAGAUGCUUCGACCAAUGGGAGUUCCAGAGAAUGUUACUGUUGCUGCUUGGGGACUGUCUCUAGAAAGACCAGCAAUGAUUAUGUAUGGAAUCAACAAUAUCCGGGAGUUAGUUGGUUCCCGAGUGAAAAUGGAGCUCAUCCUUGAUAAUCCAGUCUGCACAAUUGACAAGUUUAAAGGCCAAAGCCAGAAAGCAGCAAAUGGAGCUCCAACAGUAGAAUCCUUGACCAAGAGACAGGAGCUAAUUUUAGACAGGCUGUCAGCCUUGCAGUCCAAAGUUGCCAGUAUUGCUGCCAAAAUGGGUGUCACUCUGGUAGAAUCUGCUGCAUCCAUCAACACUCAGCUCACUGGUGGAGUGAAGGCAGGAGUCGUUCAUGAUGUUGUUAUUUAUGCUGAUCCCCGACGACCACCUUAUAGCCUUAGGAUCCUAGCAAAUGCCUUAUCUUCCAACUUCUCUGUCUGCCUACGGGUACAUUGCCACUCCUCAGUUAAGGAAGUGUCAGAAAAGUUGCAGCAGUUCUGGGGUUCAAGUGGUGCCACUGAACGAUCUCAAAGUCAGAUAUGUUUGACACUUGUAUGGAGACAAGAUGGAGACACACCCACAGCCCUAAUGCCAUCCCUUUCAGUCUCACCAUUAGCACCCAACCAGAUACGUGGAGAGCAUAAUGUUGGGCGAUAUUUAGCAAGGCUUGCAGAAGUAGGUGCUCCAACUUGCAGACUUUAUGAGUGCCUUUCUAAUCCAAUCUUUACUGUCCAAGUCGAUGAGUUGUUGGACCAGUGUCAUGGAAAGCUAACUUUAGGAAACAAUAAAGAAAAGGCUGCUUUCAUACGCGAGCUUAAUUCAAGAUUGGGUGAUAAAGAAUUCCUUGUUAAUUCAGACCUAACUUUAGCUGAUGCCGUGAUACUAUCAACUCUGCUGCAGCUACGUAUGUUGGAGUCUGCUCCUUCUAAUGUUCAAAAAUGGAGCAAGGGUUGUCUUGUAUUACCUUUUUGUAAAAAUCUAAUCUAAAUUUUUUUUUACCAUUAUGUAAUAAUAUAUCAAUUAAAAUUAUUAAGUGAAAA